AUGCGAUUAGAAGAAGCGCUUGCAGAGUGUGAUACUUUUGUAUCUGAAGAUGCUAUUCCAUGGUCUAAAAUAGCAGAAAAGCAUGGUAUUGUGCAGUCAACGUUGACGCGCACGUGGAGGGGUGAGACGCGUCCGCACAAAGAGAAGGUUCUUGCACAACAAAAGCUCACCCUACAACAAGAGGAGGAGCUUGUACGAUAUAUAGAAGAGCUUACUGCUCGUCAUAUACCUCCUACAAGAGAGAUGAUAGCCAAUUUCGCGUCAGCAGUCGCCCAGGAGCCAGUGAGCGAGAGCUGGGUUACCCGCUUCAUCAACAAGUACUCUAUCCAUCUUAUCUCUCAAUACUCAACAGGUAUGGACGCCAAUCGCCACAACGCCGAUUCCUAUACCAAAUAUGAGCUAUACUUCAACCUACUACAACGCAAGAUUGCCGAAUACAAGAUUAACGCUGAGCACACGUACAAUAUGGAUGAGAAGGGCUUCAUGAUUGGGGUCAGCUUAAGAACAAAACACGUGUUUAGCAGGCGUAUGUGGGAGAAAAAGGAGGUCAAAGCAUCACUUCAAGAUGGCAAUUGUGCCUGGUUGACGCUCAUAGCGUGUGUAGAUGAAAUCAAGCCAGGGGAACACUCUGUGCUUGUUUCCUCGUCGCCUUCAGGCUGGACUAACAACGAGAUAGGCCUAGCUUGGCUUAAACAGGUGUUUAAUCGCUUCACCAAGGCCAAAGCUCGAAGAAAGUACCGCCUAUUGAUUGUUGACGGCCACGGAUCUCAUGUGACAAUAGACUCUAUCAAAUACUGCGAUCAGAACAGGAUACUCCUAGCUAUCCUUCCUCCUCAUUUAACUCACACGCUGCAGCUGCUUGACAAAGUAAUGUUUAAGCCUCUGUCAACGGCGUACUCAAAGGAGCUUACAACACACCUUCACAGUGGCCAGGGCCUAUCAGUGAUCAAGAAGAGCGACUUCUUCCACCUGUUCUGGAAGGCCUGGACGAACACGUUUACUCCAGAGCUGAUACUCAGGUCCUUCAAGGCAACGGAUAUAUCACCCCUUCAGCCUAACGUCAUCCUCCAACGCUUUGCCAAGA